AUGCCGCCCACCGGUCCUCGGAGGCCCGGUUGUGAGGUAAGUCCAAGUGAUGGGGAAAAACCCUGCGCGCAGUGCGUCAAAAAGAACAUUGACUGCAACCGAAAUCUCAGGGUCCGCUUCCGGCACAAAUCCAAGACCGGAGAGCCUCAACCCGAGUUUUCUACCUCCCAGGUCUGGUGCAAGACGGCUGGCAAGAGACUCAAGUUUCUCGACCAAAGUCUAGAGGUUGCUCGGUAUUACGACGACGAUGCCGAGUCGGAUGGGGAAUCACGACAGCCCCUGCGACAGCAAAAUCUUGAUCGCAGCACCUCCCCGCCCGGUCCCGAUCAACAACCAGUAGCGUCUCUCGAGACUGCUUCGAGUGCCGGUUCUGCGGGUCUUGCGCAGCAGACAGAUCGCGAUUACGUCUCACCCAUUCAAGGGUCAUCAGGGAGUUCUCCCCGACUCGAUCCUGGCCUCUCACAGCCAUCCAUCUUCUCCUGCCAACGACUGCAUCAUGCGCCCCUUCCAGGACACACCAGCAGCAGCAUUGUCUCCUUAGGCGGGCCUCGUCAAUAUCACCCUUUCUCUAACCACAGCCCAUCAAGCUCCAACUCCUUCCCACAUGAUCGCACAUCUACCAAUGCCGAUCUACCACCUGCGCCACUCAACGAUCGCACCAGGGCGAAGCUAUUCCGACAUUAUAUCAAAUAUAUCGCGCCCGCAUUCGACUCUUACGACCCAAACAGAUACCUCUCAGCAUGUGUUCCAUCGAUAGCCGCGACAUGUCCAGCAUUUCUCGAACUGAUUCUGGUCGUUGCCGCUGGACACUUUCACGCUGUUCAAGGCGGUGCUUCAAACCUUGAACUCGAUGUCUAUAGGCGGCAGCUGCCAUCUCACGAUGAUUUCUUACAACAGAUGAUUCGGUCAGGCAUGGACAUGUCUCAUCUCGACGUUGCCGUUUUACUCUAUCAUUUCUCCGAACAUCUUCAAGCCACCUCGAUGCAUCACGAUGGCUCAUCAGACUUGAUCCCCCCACAUCUUGACAUGUCCAGGCUCCAUGUGUCCCCUCUUUUGACUAGAGUUCCCGUCACGUUUCAUGACGCCGUAAUGUGGGCAUGUCUGAGACAAGAGUUGUUCCUGGCAGUUAUGAACCAGGCCCCCAUCGAUCAAGACACUUACCGAUCCGGCCUGGAGCAUCUUACUCAUACCAGCGAUGAUUUUUCCAGGACGAACAGAAUGCUGCUUAAAUUGAUGGAAGUGGUCAGGUUUUGUUUUGGAGAGGGAAAGGAUACGACCACAUACGAUGAACUCCUCGAAUCGACUGCCUCCUGGAUGAGGAGUACGCCAGCUUCCUUUACCCCAGUCAUGGCACGACGAAAAUGUAAUGGGGCACCCUUCCCCGAGAUCUGGCUGCUGAAUGAUUGCAUUGCUGCGGGGCUUCAGUACUACCAUCUCUCAAGGAUACUCUUGAUUGUCCAUGACCCUCGUGUACCUCGCCUCUGCCGAGCCCGGAGAGAGGCCUCUCGUUGGAUUGAUGCCCAAGUAAGGAACGAUCUUGAGAUUAUUUGUGGGAUCGCGGAGUCAAUGAGUAAAAUCAACCCGAUGCACAUAACCGCCUGCAUGGCAAUCUCCAUGGUCGGAGAUCGUUGCUCUCAAAGAAGUCAGCAAGGUGCCGUCAUCAAUAUUCUGGACAAGACGACCACAGAGUUUGGGUGGUCUACCGACCUGGCAAGGAAGCAUCUCCUCGAUUCAUGGGGAUGGCCAACCAGGAUGGAAGAGUGA